AUGCCUAGUUUCAAGCAGAUAAUUCAUUUAGGUCUCGAUUUAACUCUUGUGUCUAUCAUUUUAGCGGGUUUACGCAGAAACACAGGUUAUAUUAUUACAUAUGAGGCAACAGAUUUGAAAAGAUAUGUGAGGCGCUACCUUGAUUGGGGUGAGUACUGGUAUGAUAAGUUAGUUGGAAUGGCUAAACGAAGCGCAUAUUUUAGAAAAGAAUCAGCAAUAGAUGGGUUUCUAGAUGGUAUAUUCAAGAGAGUGGAGGAAAUUAAGAGGGAACCUCUCUAUCACGAGGAAAAGAAAUCGAAUUUGCAGGAGAAGUAG